UCCUCGUGUUUCACUCCUUUUACCAAAUGUUGCGUUCUGUCAACGGAACUCUCACGUCUCUUCCGUAUGCUCCACCCCCUUCAAAUCCACACCUCUCGCUUUCUAUUAAUCUUUUGAAAUUGAGUCAAAGUAGCUUAUUUUGUUUUUCUUUUCAUUCCCUGUUCAAGCCCAUCUUUUUUUAAUCUGAAAACAAGGCUAACAAUCUUCUGAGAACUUCACAUGGAGAAAAACCAAGAAAUUGCACUGACCCAGAUGAGGAUAUCAGUUGAGAAGCUCGGGUCUUCCACGGAGGGGCAUGGCGACCCGACGCUCAUGAGGUUCUUGAUUGCAAGGUCGAUGGACCCAGACAAAGCAGCAAAGAUGUUUGUCCAGUGGCUGAAGUGGAGGGCUGCAAUGGUGCCCAAUGGGUUCAUAUCCGAAUCCGAAAUUCCAGAUGAACUGGAACCCAGAAAGAUUUAUCUUCAGGGUUUAACAAAGGAUGGAUACCCGGUGAUGGUUGUCAAAGCAAGCAAGCAUUUCCCUUCUAAGGAUCCUGUCCAAUUCAAAAAAUUUGUUGUUCAUCUGCUAGACAAAACGAUUGCAAGUUCUUUCAAAGGAAGAGAAAUUGGAAAUGAAAAGUUGAUUGGCAUUCUUGACCUACAACAUAUUACUUAUAGGAACAUUGAUGCAAGAGGAUUAAUUACUGGGUUUCAAUUUUUACAGGCUUACUACCCUGAACGUUUAGCAAAGUGCUUCAUUCUACACAUGCCACGAUUCUUUGUGAGUGUUUGGAGAAUGGUUUCUAGAUUCCUUGAGAAGGCUACUCUGGAAAAGAUUGUGAUUGUGACCGAUGAGGACGAAAGACAAGAUUUCAUAAAGAAAGUUGGCGAGGAAGUCUUGCCAGAAGAAUAUGGAGGGCAAGCAAAGCUUGUAGCACUUCAGGAUGUUGUACUUGCCCCAUUGGAGGGUUGAUUCCACAGAUAUGGAUGUCUCAAAGCCCUAGAGGAGAAGAAAAGGUUCUUCAACUUUGAAGUGUGCGGUGAAGGCUUCGGGUGUUUUGGCGGUGGAACCAGGUGUAAACUCUUGUGACGAUGCAUGGCAGAAGACAUUACAAAACUGUGGAGGAAAUUCUCUUUGUCGGAAGAAGAGGGUGCGGAGGUAGAGAUCCAGAAGCAUGAUCUUGAAGAAAUGGUGACCAGGAGACAAUCCUGCUUUGUGGGUAAACUAAUAGCAGAUAGAUAUGUCAGUAAGGAGAUCAUAAAAUCCACCUUGUUACGAAUUUGAAAGUUGUCGGGGACAAUCUUGUUCAACGUAUUGGGGGCAAACAUAUUUCUGAUCGAUUUUGAAUAUUUUUGGGACAAGUCAAGAGUAAUGGAGGGACGACCCUCGCUCUUUGAGGGUAAUUUGUUCUCGGUGGAGUUGUUUGAUGGAAUAACACCACCAUCAAAAAUUGAGUUUGAGAAGGUGUCUUUUUGGAUUCGAAUGUUCAACCUACCUUUGGCUUGCAUGUGCCAAAAAGUGGGCUUCCAAAUAGAAGCUUAUGUGGGUUUGGUGGAGGAGGUUGAUACUGAUGAGGAGGGAGUUGGAUGGGGAGAGUUUCUUCGAGUCAAGAUCAAACUGGACUUGUCACGGUUGAUUCCAAGGGGUAGAAUGCUGAAACAUCAGGGAGAAUCUGCUUGGGUGUCGCUCCAAUAUGAACGGCUUCUAAGGUUUUGUUUCCUAUGUGGAGUGAUAUGUCAUGGGGUCAUGGGGUGCGUGAAACGACAGGGACUUGGUACCUAGGGGUCUGAACCCCAGUUUGGACCAUGGCUACGAGUUCCCUUACCAAAUCGACGAUGCAUAGGUGGACAGGGAUGACCCACACCAUUGUACGAACAUGUCGAUGUAGAAACUGCGCUGACUAAGCCCAAUAGACACACUCACAAUGUGGCUAAUAGGACAGACACCCAACAGUGACCGGAGACGGGAGACAAAGAUACUACCAACGAUCUGUCAAGCACGAGAUCGGGGUCGAAGGGGGAAAGCUCGAAAAUUUCAGAGUUCCCUAUUUGGAGAGAUUUGGAAGUGGACGUUAUGGGAGGAAAAAAGAGAGUUAUGAAUCCUAGUCUGGAUGGAAAAUUUCCUGGCGUGAUUUUUGCCGAGGAUAUGGAAACAGAUAUGGGAAGAGUGAGUUCAGUGGAGAGUACGUAUCAAGGCAAUAUGUCAACGGAAGAAAAUAUAACGGAUGCAUACAGGGCACUUGAUAUGUCAGUGAUGGUAGAGAAGGGUAAUGAGCAACCCGUUACGGAAACUGAUGUACAAAUUUGAUUGUACUCGCAAGCGCACGAGUUGUGUGCAAUAUAGUGUGUGUGCGAGUGCAAGGUCGAUU